AUGGGCUGGCACUUGCAGCGUUACAUCGCGAAAGCCGGGAGAGCCAUAAACCCGCUCGUCUGGAAGCGCGUCUGGAAGGAGAGCGAGGGCAAGCAGCUGAACGACGUGGCCUCCAAAGUGGCGCACCAGCUCAACGACGAAAUUGCCCAGGUCGCCAGGGUCUCGCAGUACCGCUACUGGUGGUGGGCCAACCCUCUCGGCGCGGGUCUCAUCUGCUACGGCGUGUACAAGGUCUGGUACAUGUCGUACAUGGCCCACAAGCAGAGAACAGUUGCGCAAAUCGUGGCUGCCGCCUACGGCCAGGGUGGCCAGUGGCUCAACCCCGUCCCGAAGUGA